AUGUCGAGUCCCUUGUUGACCCACUCGACCACCCACUCGCUAGGGUCGACCUCCUCGUUGGCUUCUCCGUCUGCAAACUUGCCGUCGAGCCAGUUGGCCCAUUUCAAAGGGAACGGCUGCGACCGGUUCACAAUGGUCAAGUUGUGUGUCUUGUCAAUCAGUAUGGCCGUGAACGAGAAUGACGAAGGUUGGUAUUCGUCAAUGGUCAGUAUGUCUGUCUCUUCUGCCGGCUCGUCCUCCUUAUUUAGCGAGAUGGCCAGCAAUCCAAUAUAUAUCUGCGACUUUCUUAUUUCCGGGUUCUCUUCUUGCUCUUUCGCCGAAUCGCUCUUGAUCACGCUUUCGAUGUUGGCGUGUAUCAGCUUCUCACCGUCAGAAAGCUUCCCCGCAAAAAGCCCCAGGCUCUUGGUGUGGUCCUGGGCCUCUGCCGACGACGACAGUAUCCCGCUCUCGCUGAUGGUCACCUGGAUAUCGCCGUCCACCUGCGACCGCAUCACGCCUUCGAAGUUGUUCUUCACAAACCGCGUCAGCUUCUUCUGUGUCGAUAAAAGACUGAACCCUUUGUUCAACGAGUCCAGCGCCUGCUUUGUGUCUGGCAGCUUGAGUAGUUUCUGUUUCUCGUCGUCAGUAAGCUCUCUGUCACCUUCCAGCACCCCGGCGGACUCGGCUGUCCCCCACAGCGACGAGAACUGCGACGACACUUUGGAGCUCCCUUCUUUAGACCACCACGAGGAAAAUGAGGUGAUUGGGUCGUUCACCAGGGAUUCCUGUGGUUUUGGUUCUUCUUGCUGUGUCUGUUCUGUAACCGGCUCUGGCUCUGGCUCCUGGACCGGCUUUGUCUCGACUUUCUUGGCCGCCGGCUCGCUGCUCUGCUUGGCCGGUGCCUGUUUCUUGUUCACGGUCUUUGUUUUCCCAUCUUUCUCUUUGGCCUCCAAUUCGUCCAAAAAAUCCAGAAUGUCCUCGUCUGGCUUGCCUGCAUCUUUGACCGGCUGGCCAUUGUUUUCCGGAAGCGAGUUGAGGAACUCGAAAACUUCCUCCUCUGUUUGUUGGUUAGACAUGCCUUAA